AGGAGAGGGGCUGAGGAGAAGCAGGAGGGAAGGGAGCUAGGGUCUAGAGGAGGAGCUGAGCGCAGAGAGGCAGCGGCAGGCAGGGACUGUGUCGGGGCAGGAGCUGCCGGCUGCCGCAGCGGCGGGCAGGAAGCAGCCGGGACAAGUGCCGAGCCGCCUAGAGCCGCGGGGCAGCGGCCGCCCGCGGGGCACGGGGCUCGUCUCGGCGACCCUCAGCGCGGCGGCGGCCCCUGGGCCCUAUGGUGCCGCAGUGGGACCCAGCUCCUGUUCGCCGCCUUGGGAAGGGGCCCGCGGCGCGGCGCGGGGCAGCGCAGCCCGCCGGACCCGGCACUUGGCUGGCAUGAGGAACCUGCCGAUCCUCCUGCUCUCCCUCUGCUGGAGCCUGGGGCGGGUGAAUGGCGUCCAUCCAGAAUGCAGAUUUCAGCUGGAGAUUCACAAGGAGGAAACAAGGUGCAUGGAACUUCUAAAGAAUGCAAAGCCAGUGGACUACAAAGGAUGUGUUGGAGUUUGGGAUAACAUCACCUGUUGGCGUCCUGCAAAGAUUGGAGAGACUGUCACUGUCCCUUGUCCAAAAGUAUUUAGCCUUUUUUCUGGCAAACCAGGAAAUAUUAGCAAAAAUUGUACGAGUAAUGGAUGGUCAGAUAUUUUUCCUGACAUCUUGAGUACUUGUGGGUAUAAUGACUAUGAAGAUGAUUAUAAGGUCAACUUCUAUGUAAGGGUGAAGGCAAUUUAUACUCUUGGACACAGCCUAUCUCUCAUUGCUCUUACAACAGGAAGUAUAAUUCUUUGCCUUUUCAGAAAACUUCACUGUACUCGGAACUACAUCCAUCUGAACCUGUUCCUCUCUUUCAUUCUAAGAGCAAUCUCUGUUUUAGUCAAGGAUGAUAUUCUUUAUUCCAGCACCAACACAGCUCACUGUCCAGAGGAUCAAACCUCAUGGGUGGGCUGCAAGGCUAUUUUGGUGUUUUUUCAGUAUGGUGUUAUGGCAAACUUUUACUGGCUCUUAGUUGAAGGACUUUACCUCCACAUCCUCCUUGUGCUAAUAUUCUCCCCCAACAGACACUUCACAGUCUACCUACUGAUUGGAUGGGGAAUUCCUACUAUAUUCAUUAUUACAUGGACAGUAACACGGAUCAUUUUAGAGGACACUGGUUGCUGGGAUACAAAUGAGCAUGGUGGUCCCUGGUGGGUUAUACGAAUACCAAUUUUAAUUUCUAUUAUAGUGAAUUUUAUACUUUUCAUUAGUAUUAUAAGAAUUUUACUGCAGAAGUUAAGAUCUCCAGAUGUUGGAGGAAAUGACCAGUCACAGUACAAGAGACUUGCAAAAUCCACAUUGUUGCUUAUUCCAUUGUUUGGAGUUCACUACACAGUGUUUGCUCUAUUUCCUGACCGCAGUUCCAAUAAUUAUAAAAUAAUCUUCGAGUUGUGUUUGGGAUCUUUUCAGGGGCUGAUUGUUGCAGUCCUGUAUUGUUUUUUGAACAGUGAAGUGCAAGGGGAGCUGAAAAGGAAAUGGCGGAGUUUGUGCUGGAAGCAGACAGCGGGCAGAGAUUACAGACUCCACAGCUCCUCAAUUUCUCGAAAUGGAUCAGAAAGUGUUUCUCAGCUCCACCGGAAUUCAAGGGCUCAGUCAUUUAUGCAGACAGAGACCACCAUGAUAUAAAUCAGCUAGAUCCCCCAAAACAUGAAAAACUGUGGGUUAUAUCAUUCAUUAUGCAGCUUGAUGUUAUAUUUUAUAAAAUGUACAGUUUGGUGCGUCGCUUUUCUACAUGUUGGUAUUUGAGAAAUUGGUUUGUGCAGCCAACCAGUUAAUAAUAGACACACCUGCCUGAUGGAUGCUUUCUGGUUUUUUAAAUGAUGUUCAUACUAAUUAUGAUGUUCUCUUGCCAUUUACCAGCCACAACUAUUCAAAAACUCAUUUACUAUAAUGGUCCCUUUACCCUCCAACAUAUCUACAAGAUAGAUAUAUGAUAUCCUGCUCAAUGCAGACCACUUUAGUACACAUUGAAAAGGUUAAGAUGGGAAGCAAGAAAAUUUCUUACAUUUUAUUUAUACUUAAGGAGAGCUUUAUUUCCUUAAGGAUUAGGAAAUUCUUUCCUAAUUAUGGAAAGCAAAGUAAAAAUAAAGAAAUAUAAGACUAUAAUUAACUGCACUGGGGAUUUAGUGUGCUAGUCCAGGAAAUCAUUAACGUUAUUGAUGCAGGGGGGAAAAAUGGUAGUAGUUCUCAGUUAAUUGCAUAAAUUUCACAGACUGCUUUCUACAGAGUUUGAUUCCAAUCCUGUUAUUCCUUUCAAAAGUGCCUGGUUUUGGAUUUAGGUGCAGAAGGCAGGGCUACCUUUGCAGUCCAUACAGCAAAGGCUAUUGUAAUAGUUUUGAUUAAAACAUGGGCAUUGUCCAAUAGUGCUAUUACAGUCAUCAGUUGUUCUGUUUAAAAUCAAAGACAGCUGUGUCGAUCUUUUAUUAAACAAUUUUCUAAAGUGGCCUUUCAUUGCUAGAGCAGUCUGGCAUAGGAUAAACAGGAUGAACAGCCUUGGAUAGCAUGUUACCCAUUGAAAAUAUAAUUUUAAAAUAAUAUUUUAAUUGAUAUCUGUUUCUAGAACUACAUCCUUGGCAGCUAAAUAUUGCAAGGAAUUUUGCAAUUAAGUUUCGACUCUCAUUUAAGGAACAAUGUAAAUUCUUUUAGCUUAAUUCUGUAUCCAUCAAGAUGAUUUAAAAUUUAGUCUUGACCACAACUCCAGCAAAAAAAAUUACAGAAUCUCUAAAAAUUACCAUAAAAGGCAUAAAUGGAAGUUCUCAACAACACCAAACCCCUUAUGUUUUUUUCCCCCUCUGGAAAAAAAAAGACAUAGAACACAUAGAUAGAUUCUUAUAAAUACACACAGAACAUUUACACUCUUUAAAAGAAAUAAACCUGAUGAUCUUGACUUUCCAUGUCACGUUUAACUAUGCCCUCUCUAAAUAGCACGUGGGAAUAGUAUGUAUUUGCAUGAGUACCUCAGAUCCAUGAAAGUAAUUACCCUUACAUUUCAGAUAACAGAUUGUGUGGAGCUAGAAGAAUCCAAAGUCCAUAAUCCUGCCAGGUAAAGAGAAGAACAGCAGCAAGGGCAUGUCUUGUCAGGCACAUAUGUACAUUCACGAAAUAUUACCAGUUCUGGGAAUAUUCUUGGCAGCUGUUAAAGUGUCCACACACCUUUUGGUCUGAUUUAAUUUAGAUAUUUAUCAGUCCUACACAAUUUCUUUAAUGAGGUUACCCUGGAGUGAUAUGAAGUUAUAUCAGACCAAAGAUAGAAAAGACCCCAUGGUUCACAUGAGUACAGCAGAGCCGGUAACUCUGUGAAUGUUACAUGACACCAACUUUUAUGUAUUAGGUAUCAUUUGAGUUUAAUGAUAAUCACUUGGUGAAUUGUUACUUUGCCAAAUUUGGCUUGUAAGUUUCUGCUGUCACUUAGUAAAACAAUUAGGAGUUUCUGAAAUGAAGCAAGCAAUGACAGUCCUACAGGGUCUCCUACACAUGUAUUUAAACUAAAUGUAUUCCUAAAGGCUUUAGAGUCGGAAAUCACUGCUAAACUUCAGGACUUUUUAUGCAUCUCUGAACAACCUUAUCUACAAACUCUUUACUGCAAAUAUAUGAAGACACAUUGGGACUUUGGGGGCUUCUCUUGUAUCUGAAUUAAACACAUCUGUGCACUUCAGGCUUCUUUGAAGUGGCAUUGGGACUGCUCAGCUCUCUGAGAUGUGACGUUCAAGAUAUACUUUUUCCCACAAAUUUCUUCAGUAGAAAGACACACUUGACAGGCAUUCAAGCGUACUCAUCCUUAUGUUUAAAAGAGUUUCUUUGAGUGAGUAGACACACACACACAGUGAUGCUAGAGAAACAGAUUUGAGUGAUCAGUUCCACCACUUACAUGAGUUUAUAAUUGAUUCUAUCCUAGAGAAAACCAUCUUUGUUCUAAUUAGGUGAGCAUGGAGAAAGUCUGCAUGUUAAUGAUUUCUGAAUUAUGAAACAGAAAAGCUUAAAUACCAAAACACAUUUUUAUUUGCAACAAGACAGCAGUUUCCUUUAACAGGGAGCAGAUGCUUUUUGACUUGGUUCUGCCUUUUGUAGUAAUGCCAUGUGAAACAAGGAAGUCACACCAGUGGGGCAACAUAGAUGAUAUCAUUAAGAUUGUAAAGCACUAUAUGGGCAUGUGAAUAAUGGCAUACAAAGGUGAGAGGUGCUGCACAUAGUUUUCUUUCAAACCAGUGAAAAGUGCAGAACUUUGUAGAACCUGAUCGCUCAUUAAAAAUCUUAGAAUCUAAAUAAAGAAAAUACAUUUUCUGUGAUAUGAUUUCACUUCCUAAUGCUUUGUGCAAGCAUUUUCAUGUCAGAGAAGGCCCACAGGGCCCAGUGCUCAUUUUUUUUUACUCCCAGAAAAUUCUGAUUUCCAGUUAAGUUUGUGCAAAGUUACACCAUCAACCCAUCAUCACCCGUUUGACUUUCAGUUGCUUUUCCAUGCAGACGUACACAUCAUAUUAAAAUGUAUGUAAAAGCUGCAAAACAGUUUGAGAAAUCUAGUACAUGGUUCAUCUUUUGCAUCUUUACAAGUCCCAGAAACUAUAGCUUCUCAUCACUUUGUUUUUCAUUGCAUUUUGCACAGGACUGUGAAGAUAAAUGUUCCUGCUCUGUGCUGUGUUGACUCUCAGAGUCAAAAGGAUAGUGCAAGAAAACAUCCUUUGGCCUUCUGUCAUCCAUAAACUUAGUUCUCACUCGGCCAUAGAGCAUCAGAGGAGGAGGUAGAGGUAGGAAGACAAGCGUACACUUUCCCAGCACUGCCCUGUCACAUGGUGCUCCUCGCUUUAUUCCUUUACUGCCUUCUUCCCUUGGGUUGCAUCAGGAUUCAAACUGAGUCAUAAGGUCUUUAAAGCAGGAAACCUGGGGGAUUUUUUUAUCCCCACUGAAAAGCCAGUAGCACACCAUGUAAAGUUACUUAAUGAGAAUGGUAAUAACAAUUCUUUCUGGCACUGCAGAUAGUUAUACUUCGCUUUCCUUGGAGUUGCCCAGGCAGCACCAUUCAGUCUGUGGGACUUUUACCAGCAUUGCCUGCUGCUGAUGGCCGAGGGACACAGUGACAGAUUACUCACCAGUUGCUAACCACGAUCAGAAAGUAAAUAUAUAGUGAAUGUUGACUUUUUCUCUGCAGAGUGAUUUUCAACUAGGUGCCCCAUAAACUCAGGUGAAAUUCAUCUGCCUUGGUUUCAUAAUCUAAAAGCUGGAGGUUUGUCUCUCAGACGAAGAUUCUUUCUAAGUGCCUUCCAUAGUCAUCAUAGAGAAAUAUGCACUAGUUGAAGGAGAUUCUUCCCACGUUUCACUGGGCAUCUAAGGUAGGUAAGCUGAAACAACUUUUUCUUUGUACUUACUAUAAAAUGAGCCCACAGUAGUGGGCUAGUACUUAGGUUUCUCACUCUACAUCUAAAAUAAGGUAAGACAAAUAUCCCCAGAAGAGACCAUUCAGUUAUCUGGCUAAUAUUACCCAAAUACUCCUUUUUAAGUCAAGUAACAGGUUAGACAAAAUUACCCUCCAAGAAUGUGCAGGAUGAUGCCAAAGUUCAGGCAAUGAAGGAUCCCUGGGACCAUUUCAUAGGGUGUCUCUGUAUUUGACUGCCUUCCAGGAUAAAGCAAAUAGCCUUGUGUCCAUCAAUUUCCUGGUGUCAGCUUUUAACAAUUGUUCCUUGUUUUGGGUUAAGUGUCUGGCUUUUUGUCCUUUGUAGAGGAGUCAUGUGCUAAAACAAAUGCUUUACCAGAAAUUUUCUUCACGUGAAAUCUCUGGGAAAUAUCUCUUUAAAUCAUGUCUUGAUUUCUUCUCUAAGAAACUAAAUAUGUCAACUAUUUCAAAUUCUGAGAGUGAGGCAUUUUCUCAAAUAUUCUUGCUGGUUGUCCUGUGCCCCAUUCCAUUCAUAAUAGAUUCGGCCAAGAGAAGCAAAGAAAGUUUUUCACUGUCCCUUCAGGAGUGCACACACCAUUGUCUAUAUUUCUCACUCCCCAUUGCAGCUCACCUAGUCAUACCUUUGAAAUCUUUGACUUUCCAAAGUCCUUUGAACUGACCAGGAGCUGGCUAGUGACAGGCAACAAGAUUGUUACUGGCAUGCUUUUUGCCAUAUGAACCAGUGCCUUUUUAAAAGGUGUCUUGGUGUCUGGUCAGGUGCAUUAAUGUGCUUUGCAAAAUAAACCUAGGAAUAUGGAGGUCACUCUUUUAGUUGUUGAAAGCUAUGUUGGCUUUCAUGAAACUGUAAGAAUUUUACAUGUAUUUCAGUAAGAACUCAAUGCACUCUGUGCUGGGGUGCAUGGGAGCCCAACAGAUUGCACCUGCACAGUAUGGCCAUGGGUGCUGCAGGUAGGCAGCUGAGCAGCUACCCAGUUUAAGCAUAUGUUGGACCUGUCCUGUAGCAGCAAUAACUUAACUGGUGUAAAAAAAGCUUUACAAUAAGCUGUCUGCAGUCAAGUUGGAAGCAGCCCGCGCCACUCUGUAGCAUCUGCUUCAUGUCCUGAUGCACCCCAGACAGGCUUCCUUCUGCCUUUAACAUGAUGAAGGGGAAAGAGCGUCAACAAACAAGAGAAUCUGUCUGGGAUGGCUUUAUGAAAUAGGGCAUUGCCAAGUGCACAUCUCACACUCAAUGCAUAAGGACCAAAAUCAGUCAUUUGAGUUAUUUGUCUUCUGUUUUUGUGAGUUCUAAAAGACAUCUGUUGACUGUGAAUUUGUCCCUUUCAGCAAAGCAAUUUUGAAUAAAGUCCAAAUUCACUUUAUACAGAUGUUUUUCAGAUAUCCCUAGUGAAAAAUCAAGCAUUAAAUAUGUCUGAUAAAAAGGAAGAAAUGGCUGCAGAGAAAGCUGCCAUAUAUAUAAAGGUUUUUGUCUGAACAAUGGUUGUCCGUGUGUAGGCAUGGAGGAAAAAACUUCCUGACAAAAGUACCUUCACAUUACCAUGAGUGCCUAUAUAACCUGAGUGCUGUCAGCACUACCCUGACAUAAUCAAAUAGCAGAAGUUAGUAUGCGGUGCUAUUCUGUUCACCAAAAAAAACCCCAAUAUUAAAAUGAUAAUAAUAUGUUCCAACGUGUAUGUUACGAGAGUACACCAGGAUAACAUUUCAAAGGAGCCUUCUGAGGUGCAGUUUAACCACUCCACAUAACCACUGCCCAAUGAUAACAGUGUGUAGUUAAAUCUAAGUACAGUUUCCACUGUUAGCCAAACCAGUGGCUGCAAUGUCCCAACCACCUUUAUUUCCCAAAGCACUGUAAGAAGUUGAUGAUAACCUGCAGCUUUUUUUUCCUGGUGCAUUAGUGUGAGUAUGAUUUAGAAAUUCCUUUUUGUUGCCUUUAUCGAUUUUUCUCUGUCAAGUAUGGUAACAAUUAAAGAUGAUGUAAAUGAAUGUGAUUAUUUUUUACACAAUGUACAGACUAAGGUGUUGUAUAGAUUUAUGUGUGUAAAUAGAUUUCAUACUGUAAUUCACUAUAUGCUGUUUCUGGUUUUGCUCUUUUAUUCUUUGCGGUUUUUAGUGUCACGUACCUAACGGCCUUCCCUGAGAUAUGUUAUAUAUAAAGCUGUGAACAAAUAAAUGUUUACAUCUUUAUGCUAUUAGAGAUAAUAGUAGUUAAUAACACCAUAAGGGACUGAAGAAGAACCAGAGAAUAAAACUUUUAAAGGUUUUGCACAGAA